AUGUUAGCGAACAUAGCAAUAAGCGCCAACCCCACGAAAGAUAAAUUAAAAAAGGCGCUCAAUGAGAUUAAACAAUUGGAAGUUAUCCGACCGGAUCUGCCGGUGGAAAACCAAUACGAACAAUGUAAAGAACAAGAAAGAAAACUUAAAGAGAAGCAAAUAACGACGCUUGGAAGAAUUAAUGAAAAAUGGCUGGAAUUCCUGCAAAGGGUACCAGCUAAACAAAAAGAAGAAGAAAAUCAACGAUAUGCGACAAUGGUUCAAGACGAUCAGGAAAUUCUGAAAUUAAUUGAAGAUGGCUGGGAAACAUUAUUAUCACUUAAGCUACACAUUAAUGAUAUUUAA